UCCGGUGAAUUUUACCCAAAAUUUGUCCGAGAAAAUCUCACGCAAAUCACCACUACCCGUGAUAGUUCUCAAAAAUUGCAUACAAAAAACUAUUGAACCCCCGUUCGUUCAACAUCGCGACAAUUUAAAGACUCACAACGGCAAAAAAAGAAUCAAUUUUUUUGUACGCAAAGAUUAUUUGCAGUGUUUGACAAGUUUUCACAGAGUUUGAUAAGUUUUUUGUGAAAUGGCAGUGAUUUGUUACCAAUUGCUCCUUAUUAUUGGGGCCCUGUGUAUGUGUAUAAAUGCAUCAACAACCCAAACAAUAAUUUUUAAAUGUUGUAAACAGGGUGAAGAGUUGGAGGAAUCUGAGAGUGAUGGUGAUGGUGUUGAUAAGUUGAAAUGUGUUCUGAAUACCAGAGUCUGGGUGCCAGUGAUUUAUUCACCAUCGAAGAAAAAUAUCGUUCCCCAUCCCCCGUCACAUUGGAAAAUUGUAGAGGGAAAAAGACCAAAUUGUGGUGAUGGGAAAGUACUUACCUAUGUCCCUUACAAUUCUUACAGUCCUGUUAUUAUUCUUGACGUUGGAGAUGCAAUUCUUGACGGUGGCAGCGGCGAUACCUACGACUCCAGCGAGUAUUGUGCAGACACGAAGGCAUUACUUGUGUGUAUUCCUAGAAAAGUUGAAGCGAACAGGGCUGCAACCACUAUGAGGCCUAAAGUGCACAGGUGUUGUGGUGAAAAUGCGGUUUUCAGUGAAUCAAGAGAUGGAUGUGUCAACAUGAAAGAACCCGAGAAUGUACCGCCAUUAAUGCCGAAUGCAACAUCAGCUAUUGAACUGUUGCCUGGUUUUCCUGUUUGCAAAAAUUCGGAGAAUUUUACGAUAAUAGGUGAUGCUAAAGAUGCAGAUUUGCAAUCCGACGGUGGCCUCAACGUUGAUGGUAUUAGUCUACCGUCAUUGCAAUACUGUGUAGAACGAAUAAAAGAACUUGAAGGAAGAACGAAAAUAUUCGCAUGCUCUGAACACGCAUUGAGAAGGCCAGUGAUGCAGGCAAUGGACAUAAGAUUCACUAUGUAUCCAGUGAGUUUGAUAAUAAGCGCGAUAUUCUUAGCGGCAACACUUGCAGCAGGUUGGCUCUUACCUGCAUCUCAUCAUGUACUACAUUGGCGCUGUCAAACCCACCACGUUGUAUGUCUAAUGCUUGGUGAUUUACUGAUGGCUGUGAUACAAUUGGCUAGUAAUUCACUUCAUGGCAAUAGCUGCAAGGCACUUGUACGUGUCACAGCGAAAAUUGAAGAUAUUUUACAACGUGAUAAUUUUGACGACUGCUGCCGCAAUAGUUACUACGGUACUUAUAGCUACAGCUAUCACGGCAGUUUCUGUGGAACUUGUGGCGACAGGCACUGCGACAGUGUGUGUGGCAGUUUUGGCAACAGGCAUCGGGACAAUUAA